AGAGCAGGGUCGGAGUGGAGCUCGCCGAAUGAACGCCAGAUGUUGCGAAUCCCGUCGAGUCCACCGCAAUCGUGUUCUUCUCUGAUUCGUAUGCAUGCAUUGCUGUUAACCCAUCAAGCAAGCGCAUCAAUAAUAACCCCCCAGAUGAUGGUGAUACUGCUCCUAUCAUAAAGCUGAUCACCGCAGUCUCACUGGUUCGUAUCCCUCUCGCCGUACCCACCCAGUAGUUUUGCGGCCCUUUUGCUUACACAUUGUUGUUCCACCUGUGAUCCUCUGUCUGUGCUUCGAUUGAUGCUCUUGUUGGAGUGUGUGUUGUAGAGGUGCGGGUAUAUCUUAUAUCAAGGCUUCUUCUACUGCUUUCAAGGCUUCUUCUGAAUGGCAGCCGCGGAGGUAUCGGAGCUACCCCCUCUCGAAGAAUUGACUAACCCAGAUGGGAUAGUUGCUCUCCCUCCUGCGCAAAAUAGCAUGCUGCCGCUGGGAAACAAUGUAUUGACUGCUACUCUUACAGUUGGACUCCUUGUGCCUUUCAUCCUCUCUCUGGUGAUGUCAAAAGCAAAAAGGAAACCGAAGGUGCGAGCUGUUGAAUGUGAUGUGGGAGGAGAGCCCGGGCUUGCGAAGCGCAACCAGAGGUUUCUUAGGUUGGUGGAAACACCUUGGGAAGGUGCCGACACUUUGGCUGCUUUAUUCGAGCAAUGCUGUCAUCGUUAUGCAGACAAAAAAUUCCUUGGAACACGCCAACUCAUUAAGAAGGAAUUUGAAUCCAGUGGCGACGGGCGGUCAUUUGAGAAGCUUACGCUCGGCAAAUAUGUCUGGAUAACGUACUCACAGGCUCUAACUCGAGUAGAAAACUUUGCGUCAGGUCUUGUGGCACUUGGUCAUAAGAAAGGGGAAAGGGUCGCUAUGUUUGCUGAAACUCGAGCUGAAUGGCUUCUUGGUGCUGAGGCAUGCUUUCGGCAAAACUUUCAAGUUGUCACAGUCUAUGCUUCAUUGGGAUUAGAUGCUCUUGCGCACUGUUUGAACGAGACCGAAGCUGUCACCGUUAUCUGUGACGACAAGCAAUUGAAGAAGCUUAUAUCCAUGAGCGACCAGUUUGAGACUGUUAAGCGUGUUGUGUACAUGGACGCCAUUGGGGACGAUUCACCACCGUCAUUAUCAGACGUAUCCAACUGGACAGUUGAAAGCUUCUCGUCUGUGGAAAAGAAAGGGCAGGAAUCGAAGAUACCUGCUGACAUGCCAAAACCUAAGGAUGUUGCUGUAAUUAUGUACACUAGUGGAAGUACGGGAAUGCCGAAGGGAGUGAUGAUGUCGCAUGGAAACCUCGUUGCGACUGUAGCCGGAGUCUCGACGGUGAUUCCUGCUUUGUCGAGCAACGAUUGUUACUUGGCGUACUUGCCUCUCGCUCAUGUGCUAGAACUUGCUGCUGAGUUAACAAUGAUUGGAACUGGAGCGUCCAUCGGUUAUGGUUCACCCCAUACUCUAAUUGAUACUUCAAAUAAGAUCAAGAAAGGUACCAAAGGAGAUGCACCUGAGUUGGGACCCACUUUAAUGACUGCUGUCCCCGCGAUUCUUGACAAAGUACGGGAUGGGGUUCUGAAAAAGGUGGACGGUGCAGGUGGCGCUGUGAAGACUCUUUUUGAUAUUGCUUACAAGCGCAGAGUUAUGGCUAUUGAAGGAAACUGGUUUGGAGCAUGGGGUGCAGAGAAGGUGCUCUGGGACACUUUGGUUUUUAAGAAGAUCAGAGCUCUUUUUGGCGGGAGCGUUAGGGGAAUGCUCUCUGGAGGUGCUCCACUAUCUCCGGAUACUCAGCGUUUCAUCAAUGUCUGCUUCGGAGCUCCGAUUGGCCAGGGUUAUGGCUUGACCGAGACUUGUGCUGGUGCGACGUUUAGUGAAUGGGAUGACACUUCUGUUGGACGUGUUGGACCUCCUGUACCGCACUGCUAUGUCAAGCUCGUAAACUGGGAGGAGGGCAACUACAAGACCACAGAUGAUCCACCAAGGGGGGAGAUCGUGAUUGGUGGACCUAGUGUAACAUUGGGGUACUUCAAGAAUCAAGAAAAGACAGACCAAGACUUUAAGGUGGAUGAAAGGGACACGCGAUGGUUCUACACAGGCGACAUUGGACAGUUUCACGAGGAUGGUUGUGUUGAGAUCAUUGACCGCAAGAAAGACAUCGUAAAAUUGCAAGCUGGUGAAUAUGUGUCACUUGGCAAGGUGGAGUCAGUGCUUUCAGGCUCUCAAUACGUAGAUAACGUUAUGAUUCAUGCCGAUCCAUUCCAUAGCAACUGUGUUGCAUUAGUAGUGGCAAACCAAGCUGCGCUCGAAGCUUGGGCUAAGAAAGCAAGUGUUGAUCACUCCGAUUUUGGCAACUUGUGUUCAAAACCAGAAGCAUGCAAAGAAGUCCUCUCCUCAUUAAACCAGGUGGCCAAAAAUGGAAAGCUGGAAAGGUUUGAGAUUCCAACGAAGAUAAAGCUGCUCUCGGAGCCUUGGACUCCUGAAAGUGGUCUGGUCACUGCAGCAAUGAAGCUCAAAAGAGAGGCAGUAAGGAAGGCUUUCGCGGACGAUUUGAAGGCCUUGUACUCUUAAAUAAUCACAGAUGGCCAUGGUGCCGUCUUGAUCAGAAGGAUCUGACUCUUGGACCGGUUAAGAUGUGGACAAUGGUGUGUUCGCGUGAAGUUUUGAGUGAUGCUACUUGAGGUAGCUUGACAUGUUUAACUUGUCCUGGUUUCUGCUGCCAAAUGUGGUAAUUACCCAGCAACUUGUGGCUGUGAGUUACUGAAAACAGUUGACUCUUCAGCCUGUGUUCAUAGUUUCAGCUGCAUUUUUCAAGGUCUUGGGCAGUAUAAUUGAAAUAAUUAAAUAUGUACUCUCGUUAUCUAAAAAGUUUGCGAUCUGAAUUCAGGUUUGGCAACGAACAAGAUUGUAUAAUGUUCGAAAUUAGUUGUUGCCUUUGGGAAAAAUUA